AUGAAAACAAAACGUAUUAUUUAUGGAUGUGAUUGGAAUUAUUGUAACGAAUAUUCUUUAGUUUCACUUUUACCUGAUGCAUUCAAAUUAACUAUUGAUAAAAAGUGGCUUGAAGAAAAUAUUUAUGGUAAUGGAUCAGUUAAUGCUUGUCAUACAUGUUCAAAUGAGAUAUGUGGUAAUCAAGCACAUCAUAUUAAAUAUGAUCAAUGUGCAUUGACAUCAUGUAAUAAUCCAACUACAUGUUCACUGUAUAAUGUAUGGUACGAUAUUGAAACAGAUGAAUUAUGUUAUCGAUCAGAAUGUACAAAAUCAGUGUUGGAAGAUGAUUCUAAUGAAGAUAAUCAAAAAUAUAAAGUUCAAGUCGAAGCCAUUGUUUAUCUAUCACAAAAUCAUCCAAAUUUGGAAAUUUGGAAAUUAAAUAUAAAUUGUGCUGCUUAUGAUUGUACUCGUUCAAGCAUUUUUCAAGAAGUAAAAGUCCAAAUUAGAAAUGAUGCCAGUAAAUUAACGGCUUUUUCAACUGUUCGCCUUUCUGCAACAGAACAAUCUUUGACAACAACAUCAACUGUACUAGUUCAUCCUCUUUCUUGUUACAAUUGCUCAUGUACUGGAACAACAUGUCCAUGUACAACGUAUGAAAUAAGUUCAGCAGAUAAUACCUAUUGUUCUAUUGUACGUCGAAAUUUAGCACAUGAUGUACAAAUUGAAUUUGGACAUAUUAAUAUUAAUACAACUUAUACUUAUAUUCGUGAUUAUCCUUAUGUAUUAAUUGAAGAAUCAAUUAUCUAUAAAGAAACAUCAGGUCGAUGGGAUACUAGAGUUGAGUUUGUUAUUUAUGGAUGCGAUUGGAAUUUAUGUAAUAAACCUGAACUUGUUCCUUAUUUACCAACUAGUUUUCAAAUGCGUCUUCCAGAAGCAUGGCUAAAUUCAACUAUACUAGGUACUGGACAACCAGCACAUGAUUGUCACGUAUGUUCAGAUGGUCCUGUAUGUAGUGAUACAGGUUUUAUUGAUGAUGAUCAGUGUCCUAUUCAAUCAUGUAAUACUACUUGCCUCGUUUCUAGUAGAUUUAUUGAGUCAGAAAAUACUGAUCAAUGUUAUGAAUCAUAUUGUGCUCCAGCUGAUCAACCAGGUAUUGAAGUCGAUACACAUCGUGUAGAAAUCGAAGGUGUUUUAUAUGCCAGUCGUCCUACAAAUGUUGAAUUAUGGGAAAUAGAUCUUUAUUGUCGAGCAGAUAAUUGUUCACGUCCAGAAGUUUUUCAAGAACUUCAAGAUAAACUUAUUUUACAAACAGGUGAUAUAACAAUUAUAUUUAAUCAAACAGAUGAAGAACCAAAAAUUCGAUGUUUUGAUUGUUAUUGUGAAGAUGAACAAGAUUGUAGUUGUAAUACAGUUUCAUUAGCAAUAGCAAAAUCAACUUAUUGUACAAUUACACGUAAUUACGAUGGUGAUAGUGUACACAUAUCUUUUAGUCAUUAUGAUUUUGUUGCAUCUUAUUUUAAUGUUCGUGAACUUCCAUAUGUUAUUGUUGACGAAUCAAUUUUAUAUGAUAAUGAAACAGGUCAAUGGUUUACAAGAAUCAAUGAAGUUGUAUAUGGAUGUAAUUGGGAUUAUUGCAAUAAACCAUCUCUUCUUCCAUUAUUAUCUUCAAGUUUACAAAUACGUCUUCCAGACUCAUGGCUAAAUUCAAGUAUAUUAGGUACUGAACAACCGGUACAUUAUUGUCAUGAAUGUGCUAAUGAUACAAUAUGUAGUUUAAAUGAAACCUUCGAUGUUGAUUCAUGUCCUGUUGAAAUCUGUAAUAGUGCUUGUUUUGUUUCUAAUAAAUAUAAUCAUCGAACAAAUAAUGAGCAGUGUUAUCAAUCAUCUUGUGUUCCUGAAAAUAUAUAUUAUGUACAAAUUCAAGGUGCCAUAUAUCCUAGUCGACCUACUAAUAUUGAAUUAAGGGAAGUAAAUAUUUAUUGUCAAGGUGAUAAUUGUUCACGUCCAGAAAUUUUUCAAGAAAUUGAGCAACAAUUGAUUGUCGAAUCAAGUAACAUUUCGUUAAUAUUCAACCAAACAAGUAUAGGCGAUUCAGGUCAACUUCAUUGUUACGAGUGUUUCUGUAAGAAUGAUCCUAUUUGUACAUGCAAUAAAACCGUUCCAUUACGUGAUAAUUUAACUUUCUGUACGAUUGUUCGUCUAUAUGAUGGUCAAGAUUUUUGGAUUAUAUCAGAACAUAUUGAUCGAAAUUCACCUAAGAUAUAUAUACGUGAAUUUCCUUUUCUGCUUGUUGGAGAAUCAAUUUUAUAUAAUGAAGCUAAUGGUCGAUGGAAUACUAGACCAGAUUUAAUUAUGUAUGGAUGUAAUACAGAUUUUUGUAAUGAUCCUCGCCUUGUGCCAAAACUUCCGAUCAGUUUUCAAAUGCGUCUUUCACAAUCAUGGCUUAAUUCCAGUAUUUUAGGUACUGGGCAAUCUGUACGUGAUUGUCAUGAAUGUCCGGAUGCUCCACAAUGUGGUACAACAGAGUUUCUCGAUCCUAAUCAAUGUCCAAUUCAUUCAUGCAACACUACUUGCCAUGUUGCGGAUACAUUCAAUGAUCCGACAGCUGGUUUACUAUGUUAUCAAUCAUUUUGUGAGCCACCCGAUUCAGAAUCUCUUACAAUAAAUCCAUAUCGAGUAGAAAUCGAAGGUAUUUUAUAUGGUAAUCGUCCAAAUGCUAAAGUCGAAUUAUGGGAAGCACACAUUUAUUGUCGUGCUGAUAACUGUACUCGAGCAGAUAUAUUUAAGGACCUUCGAGCAGAACUUGUAGUAUCUACAGGCGAUCUUUCACCGUUCUUCAAUAUAACAAUUAUACCAACAACGACAACAACAACUGCACCGCCUAUAAAACCAGCACUUUCAUGUUAUGAAUGUGCAUGCUAUGAUAAUCCUGCUUGUCCAUGCAAUACAGUUCAACCAUCUGAUGCUUCUUUAACUUAUUGUACAAUUGUACGUAUAAAUUACGAAACUGGCCAUUUUACAGUUGAUUUAGAACAUAUUGAUCGAAAUUCAACUCGAGUUCAUAUUCGUAAAUUUCCUUUUUUACUUGCAAAAGAAUCGAUACUUUAUAAUGAAACUACUAAACAAUGGACUACUCGAACUAAUAUUUUAGUUUAUGGAUGUAAUUGGCAUUUAUGUAACCAUCCAAGCCUUGUUACGUUACUUCCCAAUAGUUUCAAAAUGACUUUAAGUGACGAAUGGUUGAAUGAAAAUGUUUUAGAUAGUGGAGCAAGCAUUCGUGAUUGUCAUGAAUGUCCCGAUGCUCCACAAUGUGGCACAACUGAUUUUCUUGAUGCUAGCCGAUGUCCAGUUAAAGAAUGCAACAAUACUUGUGUUGUUUCAGAUUUAUUUGAUGAACCAUCAUCUAAUCUCUUAUGUUAUCAAUCAUAUUGUAGCUCACCUGAAGCAGACAUUGAAGAAAAUCAACAUCGUAUUGAAUUAGAAGGUAUUAUUUAUGGUGAUCAACCAGAUGUUGUUGAACUGUGGGAAAUUGAUCUUUAUUGUCGAGCUGAGGAUUGCUCACGUGCACAAGUUUUUAAUGAAAUUCGAGAAAAUUUAACAUUAGAAACAAAUAAUUUUACAUUUCUUUUGGAUAAUUCAUCUCGACCAAUAGUUGAACCAGAAAUUAUCUGUUAUGAUUGCUCUUGUUAUGAUGACCCUAAUUGUACAUGUGACACCUAUACAGUGUCUAGUGCCUUAUCAAGUUAUUGUACAAUUGUACGAGAAAAUUUUGGUGAAGACUUUAUUAUAUUUUUAGAACAUAUAAAUCGAAACUCCACUCGUGUUUACAUACGUGAAUUUCCACAUCUACUUGUCGAAGAAUCAAUUAUUUAUGAUGAAAAAACAGGAUGGUGGAAUACAAGAAAUAAUAUGGUUAUUUUUGGAUGUAAUUGGGAUUAUUGUAAUGAUCCUCGUCUUUUACCAUAUCUUCCCACCAGUUUUCAAAUGGGUCUUCCAGAAGCAUGGCUUAAUUCCAAUGUUUUAGGUAGUGGACAACCCGUACGUGACUGUCAUGAAUGUCCAGAUGCUCCCCAAUGCGGUACAAGUGAUUUUCUUGAUUCUAGUCGAUGUCCAAUUCGUUCAUGCAACACGACUUGUUAUGUUUCGGAUACAUUUGAUGAUCCGGCAACUGAUGAACUAUGUUAUCAAUCAUUUUGUGCUCCACCUGACUCAGAGUUUUUCACAAUAGAUCCACAUCGAGUAGAACUUGAAGGUAUUAUAUAUGCCAGUCGUCCUGGAACUGUUGAAUUAUGGGAAAUUGAUCUUUUUUGUCGUGCUGAUGAUUGUUCUCGGCCAGAACUAUUUAAAGAAAUUAGACAAAAUCUUUGUGUAAUUUUGGGCGACUACACUCUCUUUUUGGGUAAUACGUCAGCCGUGGGCCAAGGUAAUGGCACCACUAUAUGCCCCACAAUUACAACAAACAGAACUACAAGAUCCACAACUACAACAUCUCGAACUACAGUAUCUGAAGCUACAACAUAUAGAACUACGACAUCUGGAGCUACAACAUCUAGAACCACAGUAUUUGGAACUACAACAUCUAGAACUACAACAUAUGGAGCUACAACAUCUAGAACCACAACAUCUAAAACUACAACAUCUAAAGCUACAACAUCUAAAACUACAACAUCUAGAAUUACAACAUCUAGAACUACAACGUCAGCUACUAAAAAUGCAACAACAUCAACGAUACGUGCAACGGUAACAUCUAGAACUACAAGUCCAGUUGAACAAACAACAACUGAACCACAUGAAACAACGACCACAGCAGAAUCAGGCUCAUCGUUCUAUAUAGCACACGACCUUCUCAUCCUAUCUAUCUUGCUGAUCUCUCUAAUUAAUUUAUAUUGA